AAGAGGGAAGAGGUUGAUUUGGGAAGCUCAACUUCCUAGAUUUACAACGAUCUGUGAAGUAAAUGACCGCAUAUCAUAUGUUAAUAACAUGAAAUUGGGGCUGGGUUAGAGUUAUAUUUCUUCUAUACGAGAACUGUUGCGAAGCAGAUAUUCGGCGAUGUGUUAUUUUGGGAAUAUUUAAGCAGUUAUUUAGAAGUGAAAACAAGUUCGCAAGCAGCUAGACCCGUUUUCUCUAGUUAUUAAUGCACUGCAACAGUCAAAAUCGAUAAUAUGUACAUUAUAAGCGAGCCUCGUUAAUUUCGAGCCAAAUUUGCAUAUCUGUUGCACGCAAAAUGUCAUCCAAUCGGUAUACCGAGAGAGCUAUAUAAGGCCGCGCCUUCUCUGAGUGGAUUAUCAGUCAACGUUCGUUUCACGAUCCACAACUGCACUUACAUCAAAAUGUUCAAAGCCCUAUUGAUCUGCGCAGUUAUCGGCCUGGCCGCCGCCGUGCCAGUUGCUCCUUCUUCUGACGAUGUGCACGCCGAAGUCGUUUCCCGCAAGGAUGAUGUGCGCCCGGAUGGCUUCGACUCUGCCCUUGACACAAGCAACCACAUCAGCCGCUCAGAGAGCGGAGAUGAGCACGGAAACAUCCACGGCAGCUUUGCCUGGAUCUCGCCCGAGGGGGAAAAAAUCGAAAUCUCUUAUGUGGCUGACGAGAACGGAUACCAGCCACAGGGCGCAGCUCUGCCAACCCCACCCCCAGUCCCAGUCGAAAUUGAACGCGCCCUUCAGUGGUUGGCCGCCCAUCCCCCAGCACCCGAGUACGAAAGUAAGCACUAAAUGACUUUUGACAGUGCAUAUUGGAUCGCAUAUGGACUUGACCCUCGAACUCCCCUCGUUUAUAAUUUUUAAGUUAUCCGUGCAUUGUUUAUGACAAAUUAAA